AUCGAUAAAAUAUUUGCUACAAUAACGGCAAGGGAUGUUCAAAAAGUGUGGCAACAGUUCCUUGUUAAUAUUAAUAUUCCAGCUAUUCGUGAUGAUUCUACCGUCUCCAAUAAUUAUGAAAAAUUGCUAACUGAUAUAGUGCGUGCUGGAAUAUGGGCAAUAAAUUUUUAUAAUCUGAAAGAUGCUCAAGCAGUGUUUUUUAAUUUAAAUAAUGAUUUAUACACUGUCAAUUUGAAUGUUUUAACCCUUAGUGAUUGGAAUGUUGCAACGUCAAUUGAUUUAAGUCGUUACAACUUUAACAUUCAAAGGG